GGUAUAUGUACACUGUGGAGAACUACUCAGCCAUAAAAAAAAUAAAUUAAUACCUUUUGCAACAAUCUAGAUGAUACUGGAGUCUAUCCGCACUUUAAUCAUCCCUAAACCAUUCCCCACCCCAAUCCAUGGAAAAAUUGUCUUCCAUGAAACCAGUCCCUAGUACCAAAAAGUUUGGGGACCGCUGCACUAGAGUAUUCAUAACAGCACUAUUCAUUCCAAAAACUGGAAAUCACCCAAAUGCCCAUCAAGAGUAGAAUGGGUUAAAAAAAAAACAAAACACUUUCUGAUAUGUUCACAAAAUAGAAUACUGUACAAUAAGAAAAAUGAAUGAUUGAUAGCUACAAACAACAAUGUGAAUACUGACUGGAAGAUGCUAAACAUGAAAAUAAUUACAAUACAUGAUUCCAAUUAUAUAGAGCUCAAAAAUAGGUAAAACAAAUCUAUGGUGUUAAAACUUAGGAUAGUGUUUACCCUUGGGAAAGAGGGUGUUCCAAUGAGUGGAAUGAGAUAUAAUGGGGACUUUUGGUUGCUGGCAAUAUUCUGUUUGUUGACUGGUUGCUGGUUACACAAAUAUGUCCAAUUUAUGAAAAUUCAUUGAGUUGUAUAUUUAUAAUUUGUGUACUUUUCUACAGAAAUAUUAUAUUUCAAUUAAAGUAUGGAAAAAGAGACUAUUAGAAGGACAUAUGUUAAAAUGCUAACAGUAAAUGUCUCUUGGUGGGAACAUGAUUAUUUUUAAGAUUUUUUUGACAUGUUCUUAUAUAUUCCAACCUAAUAAUAAUAAAGUCUUAUUAUUUGAGUCUGAAUAAAAUAUCACUGCUUAACAAAUGAAUUGAGUCUAAGAAAUCAUUACAAGUUUAGAUAUAAAGAAAUGUUAUAAAAAGUUGGGUAUAACUACCACAAUGUUAUAUCUAUACCUCAUCCAGAAAUGAGAUUUUCUAUAUGUGAAUUUCCUCUGUAAUUACAUUAUUAUUUUGAAUACCAACCCUUUUAAAAACAUGGUAUGUAUCUUCUGGAUUCAAAAUUCUAUAAUAGAUAUUUAUCUGCCUUCUUAAACAGAAGUUAACUUUUCUUGAUGAGUCUAGGUCAUUAGUGAUUAUAAAGAAUUUGAGAACAAUUAUGACAUCUCGGGCUUUUUGUCCUUGCACCAAAGGCCCUAAAAGAACUAUAGUAUUUUAAUUCUAAUGUCGGCUUUCAAUACUGUUUCCAUCUCCUUCCCUUUGAAGUGUCUCCCAGUUGUCCCUUCUUGCAGCUGUAAUAUCUUCUAGCUGACUUCUAGCAUUUCUCAUCCUUCUUAAUUUUCUAUCUUUACUGUCCAUUGGCCUGGGAAAAUAAAUGACAAGUCUUGUUUGAAAAGUUGUUUUAAAAAAGUUAACUAUGAGUAAAGAAAAAAACACAAUGAUAUACCAGAACACACCCACCAAUAUGCCUACAAUUAAACAGAAUGAUAAUACCACACAUAAACAAGAACACAGAGCAAUAGAAACUCUCAUACACUACUGGUGGGGGUGUAAAUUGGUGCAAGAAUUUUGAAAAAUUCUCUGACAAUACCUAUGAAACCUAAAAACACUCAUACUUCUGAUCAAGCAAUUCCAUUCAUAGACUUAUUUCCAACACGAAUAUACUCAUGAACCAAAAGACAUGUGCAAAAAUGGUUCAUAGCAGCAUUAUUCAUAAUAGCCACAAACUAGAAAAGAGGUAAAUGUCCAUCAACAGUUGACAGGAUAAGUUUUAGUACAUAUUCAUAUGAUGGUAAACUAUAUAGUAAUGAAAAUGAACAAACUACUGCUACACAUGACGUGGAUAAAUAACACAACAUAGUGGGAGUUUGUUGGGAAAACAUAUUAAUCAAUACAUGCUUUCUAAUUCUAUUGAUAUUUAAAGUUUGGGCACAGACAAAACUAAUCUGUGAUGCUAAAAGUCAGAAUAGGGGUUUCCUGUCAGAACAAAUGAGAGGAAAGAUAUUGGAAGAAAGUGCCAUGAGAGCUUCUGAGAUGCUGGUAAUGAUUUAUUUCUUGAUUGGCGCUAUAGUCAGAUAGUAUGUUAAAUUUAUCAUAACUUAUAAAGCUCUACAUUCAUGAUGUGUGCAUUUUAAUCUGUGUAUGUCAUAUUUUGGUAAUAAAGUAAAAAUACCUUAUUAAAAUUAUGCUGAAGACAAACAACUGUAUGGAGAAAUAUUCACAUGUUUUAAAAGUAUAAAAAAGAGGUCAGAAAGUAUCAAAAUAAGCUCAUAAUGGAGAGUAUGAUCCCAUCUUUUUACAUGACAUUUAAACAGAGUAGAAAACAUGUCAUCAGUCACAGGCACAGCUCCUUUGUUAUUUGUUUAGCAAUAACUAGAACUGUUUGGAGACUUAUGGAAUAGAAAUGGUUGAGACCAGAAAUGUAGCCCAAUGUGGCCAGGGAACAGAUUUCAUGGAAGGAUGUGCUGGGGUAUAAAAAUAGAGAGCUAAGUGGGAACUAAUUUGUUAAUGGUUUAAAUGCUGUGGAAUGGGAUUAGGAUGUUAUUUCACAGGUAAGAUAUUACCAUUGAAUGCUGUUCUUCUUUAUUGGAUGGAGAGUGGUGGUAAUAGGAGGUUCAACUCAUGAGCUGGGUUGCAGGGGGAAAUUUUUUUGUUUGUUUAUAACUGAAGAAAUUAAAACUCCUCUCUGAAUUUGCCUCUGGGAAGCACCUAAGACAAGGAACAUGGAGCCCUUCUGGAGAAGGGGAAAGACCAGGGUGAGAGACUCCAUCAGAUCUGACCUCAAUCACACUCUUGUAGCAGCUUGAAAGAUGCUGCUUUCUGAAACAUUCUCCCAAGGAAGGAUCAGCACAUUCAUUGGUAUAAACAUUGAUCUCUUUAGCCAAGUUUGUCCAAAUCCAUUGUCCUCAACUACCUACAUUGCUCUUAUAGAAAGCGCUUGGGAUGUAGAAAAUGUCAGAGGUGAGUUGCCUCCACAUGUGAAGUUAGUGGCCUCUGAAGGAAUUCCAGGGCACAGGAUUACUUAAUGUAUCAGUAUUCAUUACCAUCAAGAAUUUAAGGAAGGAUUUCAAUUGUGGCUGCUGAUGGCAAUCUUAUAUAAAUUUUUUCUCUUCCCAAUGCUCUACGCAUUCCUUGACGGUUGAAGGCUGGGAUUACAGCUCUGCUUUAGCCCAAUGGUUUUGUAGCAUUUCCAGAAAAUAAAGUAGCUGACCCCUCUCUUUCUAGCCAAAGUGUUUGGAUUAUCCCUCCCCAAACACAUGUGUGCACUUACACACAUACACAUGCAUGAACAACCCCCUGAAUGAACAGGCCCUAUUCUGGUGCUGCCAUUUCCACCGUGUGGGGCCACAAUCAGUUCUAAUGUACUAAAUGAAGAACAGGAAAUCCAAUUGUUCCUGUCUAGACACCUUCAUACUCAUCUCCCACCCAUCCCAGCAUACUGGCUCUAGCCACCCUGAGUGACUUGCUGUUACACAAACUUAUUUUGUACUUUCACUUCUCUGGGCCUUUCCUGUUGCUGUUCCCUCAGACUAGAAUACCCUAUAAACCCUUCUCAUCCUUUUCAUCACUUACAGCUCAACUCCUUCUUCCUUGAGGCUUUCUUGGCAACUUCCCCCAAUCUCAGACUAAGAUGUAAUUCACUGCUUGCUCCUUCUGUGUUUGUACUAUAUGUUAAUUGACCCUCCUUCAGAGCACCCAUUUCCAUUUAUUUUACAUGAGUCAUGUUUAAUAAAUAGGGCUAAAGUUCAGGUGUACUUAUUCUUAAGACUGACAGACCUGGGUUCAAAUCCUGAUCUCUUUCACUUGUUGCUGCUUGAAUUUGGACAGGUAAAUUCACCUCACUGACCCAGUUUACUCAUCUGUAAAAUAAGGAUCAUUAAGAGUAGCUACCUCUUAGCUAAGUUUAUAGGAUUUGAUAUGAAAAAAGUGAAAGCAUCAGAAACAGUGCCUGGUAUAUAGUAACUGUCCCAUACGUGUUAGCUCUCAUUGAUAUUACCCUGUUUGAAUCUACCUCAGAAUGUAAGCUCCACCCAAAAAGGAAUAAUCGUUAUGUUUGUCCUCUGAUGUACCCCCAAUACCCAGCACUGAGCCUGGCAUGUGGCGAGUAUUCAAGAAAUAUCUGUUGAGUGAGUGGAUGCAUUAAUGAAUCUGUAAAAUAACUGUCAUCAUUAGCAUCCUCCUCCUCCUCUCUGAAUCCUCUACUGCCUAUUAGCAUGCCUCUUUAUACCCCACAGAGAAACAUCAAGUGAAGCAUCAUUGAACACCUCCCAUUCCCUUGCCCCUUUGCUUUAUCUCUGCUCCCGCCUUUCUUGAAUUCGCUUCUCUAACAAGUUUGAGUCCAGCAGCAACCGCUUCAACCAGCCUCGCUCGCCCGGCAGAGGUGGGGGCCGGGGUGGCAGACUGGGAGUGGGGCGUGGCCACCACGUCGCAGAGCCUGACUGCGCCUGCGUAGGUUGCGGCAAAGCUAACCGCUCUGAGGCUUGCGGUCAUUGCUGGCCAGUGCUCGUGUAGGAAGAUCGCUCAUCAGAUCUCACUUCUGAUCCGCCCAGCUCCUGGGGCUCGGGCUUCGGCUUUGUGCCGAGGCACCAACACACGUACCGUCCUCUCUCCGACUGAUCGCUGACCUCCCCGUUCCCGCUCCCGUCUCCUGGAACCAUGUCUCUGGUAAGCCAGAAUGCGCGCCACGGCAGCGCAGAGGCGGCAGAUUACAGCGAAGGCCUGGGCGAAAUGCAGGCCACUAACGCCUCUGGGCCCCCCACCUCCAUGCUAGUCCCUGAUGCCCCCCAGGGCCUUCAGGCGCCAGUCAACCCUCAGGGUGCCAGUGCUUCCCAGGCUGCUCAGCACCCCAAUGACCUCGAGGUCCUGAUCGACGAGCAGUCCCGACGUUUGGGGGCGCUCAGGGUCCACGACCCUCUAGAAGACAGGACAAUUGCUUUGGUGAAUUUCAUGCGAAUGAAAAGCCAAACUGAGGGGUCUAUCCAGCAGUCAGAGAUGCUGGAGUUUCUCAGAGAAUACUCAGAUCAGUUCCCUGAGAUACUCAGACGAGCUUCAGCUUACCUGGACCGGGUCUUUGGGUUGAACCUGAGGGUUCUUGAUCCCCAGGCCGAAACCUACAACUUGGUCAGCAAGCGGGGUCCUCAGACCACGGAUCGGAUAGCAGAGUCCCUGGACAUGCCUAAGGCAGGUCUCCUGGCCCUGGUCCUAGGUCACAUCCUCUUGAAUGGCAACCGGGCAAGAGAGGCCUCCAUUUGGGACCUGCUGCUAAAAGUUGAUAUGUUGGAUGAGCCUCAGCGGAUCAACAACCUUUAUGGGAACACAAGGAACCUCCUUACUACUGACUUUGUGCGUAUGCGAUUCUUGGAGUACUGGCCAGUAUAUGGCACUAACCCCCUUGAAUUUGAGUUUUUGUGGGGUUCUAGAGCCCACAGGGAAAUCACAAAGAUGGAAGCCCUGAAGUUUGUGGCAGAGGCCCUUGAUGAAGAACCCUGGAGCUGGCCAGAAGAAUAUAACAAGGCCAUGGAGGCUGACAAGGCCAAAGAAAGAAGCCAGGCUGCUGGCUUGGAGUUUUGGUCCGAGGACACUAUGAAUGAUAAGGCAAAUGACUUGGUACAGUUAGCCAUUAAUGUCACUGAGGAAUUGCUGCCUAUACAUCAGGAUGAACUAUUGGCUCACACUGGCAAAGAAUUCGAGGAUGUGUUCCCCAAUAUCCUCAGUCGAGCUACUCUAAUCCUUGAUCUGUUCUAUGGGUUCUCUCUGAUUGAGGUCGAUACCAGUGAGCACAUCUACCUUCUUGUCCAGCAACCAGAAUCAGAAGAAGAACAAGUGAUGCUAGAGAGCCUGGGGCGACCCACUCAAGAAUACGUGAUGCCGAUCCUAGGUUUGAUCUUCCUGAUGGGCAACCGUGUCAAAGAAGCCAAUGUCUGGAACUUGCUUCGGAGAUUUAGUGUGGAUGUAGGGAGAAAGCAUGCCAUCACCUGUAAGCUUAUGAGACAGCGCUACCUGGAAUGCAGGCCUCUGUCCUACUCUAAUCCAGUUGAAUAUGAGCUUCUAUGGGGUCCUCGAGCUCACCUUGAAACCACCAAAAUGAAAGCCUUGGAGUACAUGGCCAGGCUCUACAGAAAGCGGCCACAGGACUGGCCAGAACAAUACAGGGAGGCUAUGGAAGAUGAGGAGGCCAGAGCCAGAUCUGAGGCUACUUCCAUGUUCUUCUUUGGCCCCAUGUGAGGUUCGGGGAAGUUGUGUCACUUCAGUGGAAUGGCAUAAGUUAGAAGGGCCUUGGGAAAAUGGGCACUGGGACCCUAAAUCAGAAGUCUGGAAGCGUUGAGGUGGGGAAUACACACUGUGCUUGCUAUCUGUGUUCCAGUUCUAAUAGUAUUUCCUUCCUUUUAAUAUACCUCUGAAUUAGGUUUAUAAGUGAAAUUGCUCAUUUGCCAGCCCUGUCUUGUUUCAGUAUAAAACUUCAGAUAGCUGUGUAAAAUGUAUUCGUAAUAUUUACAUCUUUGACAUAAUCAGUAAAAUGAUCUGGUACUGGACUUAAUUUACAAUAACAACACACACACAACAAAAACAAACACAAAAUGACUGAUCUGUGGUUGCCCUCCCUUUGUGUCUUCUGCUAUGUGUAUAUAUAUAUAUUUUUAAAAGACUGUCAUUUACCUGUAUUUGCUUUGCUGUUCCAGAGUGUAGUGAAAAAUAAAAGCAUAAUGAAUUAGA